AUGGCUUCGACCUUGGCUACACGCGUGGGAGCGGGCACAAUAAUUGCUGUUGGCCUUGUGAUAGUGUCUUUCAUCAUAUGGAGGAAAAGGAAAAAUGGGAAACCAGAGAAUACCAAGCCAUCAACCUCUACUGGUGCGAAACAAACAGGUGCAAAAGAUACAACAGUUUCUGCAUCAGGAGACGCUUCCUUCCCCCAAAAGUCAGUCAUCGAUGAAGUUUCGGCUGUCCAGGACAACAUGUCAGGAGGAGGAGAUGGCAACAUUCCUGAUAAUUAUGUUUGUGAAAAUGGUAUUUGUAGGCUUGUGAAUGAACCAUCAAAAACUAAGGUCAAACAAAAGGUCAGAUUUGAUCCUCUGGCUGAAGCUAUGACUAAAUCCCUGACAGAGUUUUUUGAAGGACGUGCUGAACCUGAAAAUGGUACAGAAGACGACAAAUUAACAAAUUCAGAAAUUGACAGGAAAGAAACAUACCAGCAGAAAAAAGAGAAAGAUGCCUUACAUUGUACAAAACCUGAGGAGGAAAUGUGUGUUACAAGUGAAACUGUAAGUAAGAGUGCAUGUGUUGAGUCAAUGAUACAGCCAAGUGAACAGAAUAAAGUCACAAGUGAUGAUGGAUGCACGUUUAGUCCAGAUUCACCAGAUACACAACAGGGUCAAGAGUCAGAAAAAGUUAUUUCAGAUCAGAAUCAAGAGUCAAAAGAGAGUGAACAGGGUGAAGAAUCAGAAGAUAGACAGACUAAUGGUGUAACAGACAGUUACGAGGAAGAAGAUGUGUGGGAGGUUGGUCGUUACGAUCAGGAUGAUAUAGCUACGGCCAUCCUGGUAUCCCAGAACUCUCCAGGUAUUCUAUCAGGCGGUAAUGCAGAGAUCUUAGUUGCAUUGUUGUCCCACCCAGAAACAAAGUUACAGCAAGCUGCACUCAAUGGCAUCAAGAAGAGUUCAACUUUCACACGCAAUCAGAAUUUAUUUCGAGAACAUGGCUGUCUUGAUAAGCUGAGUAAACUGCUACGAUCCCAGAGUAUGUCCUUGAGACUUGGUGUCAAGUCGUCACAGGAAGUUGUCAGCUCAGUGGCCACUGCUAUCACUAAUCUCUCUGCCAAUACAGAAAAUCACAAAAAUCUCGAGGGAUGUGUACCCACUCUGGUGGAACUGGCAAUGCGGGAAAGCUCUGAGCAGGAGACUUCGUGUGUGCCCACCUUAGUGGACCUGACGUUGGAAGAUGAAACAGGAGAGAGUGUGUGUCUUUCGUCCUUGCAGGCCCUAACAAACCUGUCCUUGACUGACCAGUACCAUCGCCACUAUACGCGUCUAAUCCAGAAGUUGUAUGACCUUCUGGACAUGCACCAACAUAGCAUACAGCUUCAGGCCCUUAAGGUCCUUGUCAACUUGUCCUGUAGCACAGAGAUGGUGCCUCACAUACUGGCUGCAAAGGCACCAGGCUGCCUGUUGGAGCUGCUGAAGCAGGGUUCAGAUGAAGCCCUUACCCUGCGAAUGACUACAUUCCUUGCCAACAUACUACAUACAGUGCGAGAGGAGAACAUCUCUGUGUCAUCACUUCCACCUGACGACAAGGCUCCUAGCCCAGAGACAAUGUACGCGGCUCUCUACAGCAUGAACAAUGUUGGAGCCAUCAAGUCCAAGGUCUUCCUUCUGUGUCGUCAUAGGAACGAGGACAUCAAAGUACAGGCAACAAGGAUCUAUCAGUUGAUUGCUAAGUGAUCAUAUAAUCAAAUAAAUCAUUACAGAAUCUGA